AUGUCGAAGACGGUUGCUUCACGUAUGUCGGCAUGCUGCUGGCGAUCCAUAUUUCCAGAGCUUCGACCACAACAUUUUCGGCGCACACUAGUCACGCUGCAACGCGGGCCCGUUGAGAAGCUCGAUGUACCCUCCGAUCUACCGCCGCGAUACCACUCUCAAAUACCGGAAAGAUACAGACCUGAUAGAGGAAAACGAGAGAUAGUAAUACAUCGAUCGCCCCGAUCUGAAACCGAGACCUGCAAAGAUCCCAUUGCGAUCGUGGACAGCCGACAAUUGGCUCUAUUGGAUCCCACAGGAGCGCGGGCAAAGCUGUUUGACAAGACCAACAAGGACCGCGCAAAGGUUGGAGAUAUUCUGCUUGCAACCUUCACCUCGGGCGAGCCCGUCUCGGGGGUGAUUCUGUCAAUCAAAGGCUCGGGGCCUCACACGUCAGUCCUGUUGCGCAACCAGUUGACAGGUAUCGGAAUGGAAAUGCAGAUCAAGGUGCACAGUCCACUGGUGCAGAGCAUGGAAAUAGCACAGAGAGCGCCGAAGAGAAAGAGGAGGGCGAGAAUCUACUAUCUGAGGAAACCGGAGCACGACAUAGGAAGUGUGCAGAAAGUGGUCGACCAGUAUCUAAGGCAGCGAGCCAUGCUAACCGGUGGGAGACCAUCAAGUCAAUUGGGACGUUCGAGACCGAAGAAAGGGAAGAGAUGA